UUCGUGGUGUUUAACUGGCACUUAAUGCUGUCAUGCUGACUGUCCCCGAUUCUUGCAUGGGUAUUUUGUGCGCUGGGCAUAUUUAGGGAAACAAAUAUCCACACCCUUCCUUUUUGAGAACGGCUUCUCUGAAAUAUGACGUCCAGUUUAUUGUUGCAGUUCCAGUACCGCCCCUAGUUUCACUCCUGAAAUAGGGAUUUUACUACGUUAGCCAUGAUUCGGAAAAGUGGGACUGCCAGUUUUGAGCUUUGUGGCCCCUGCGCGGACCCUCAGCACCUGCCACUGUGCACCGAAGGCUCUCCCAGAUGUAGAGGGACUUGACAUCUGCAGCUGCUGUCUACACAACCCUUGAGGUGUCCUGUGAAGUUGCCCAUCAUGCGCGAGUACAAGCUAGUAGUGCUGGGUUCAGGAGGCGUGGGAAAAUCUGCACUGACAGUCCAGUUUGUGCAAGGAAUUUUUGUGGAGAAGUACGACCCUACAAUUGAAGACUCCUACAGAAAGCAAGUGGAAGUUGACGGGCAGCAAUGCAUGUUGGAGAUCUUGGACACAGCUGGAACAGAGCAGUUCACGGCCAUGAGGGACCUCUAUAUGAAGAACGGGCAGGGGUUCGCUCUGGUCUACUCCAUCACGGCACAGUCGACGUUUAAUGACCUGCAAGACCUCCGGGAACAAAUCCUGCGAGUGAAAGACACCGAGGACGUCCCCAUGAUCUUGGUGGGGAAUAAGUGCGACCUGGAAGAUGAGCGAGUGGUGGGCAAGGAACAGGGUCAGAACUUGGCCCGCCAGUGGAGCAACUGUGCCUUUUUAGAGACGUCAGCUAAGUCAAAGAUCAACGUGAAUGAAAUUUUCUACGACCUGGUGCGACAAAUCAACAGAAAAACGCCAAUGGAAAAGAAGGCAAAAAAGAAGAAGGACUGUACGCUUCUCUAAAUGCGCCUUCACACGUACACUUUCACAAAGAUGGGCUCUAGGCCAGGUGAGUGGCUGUUGAGAGAUCACUCAUGCACGUUGGUCACGACAGUGGACAGCUAUCAUUCAAAAGGUGUUGUAUAUGUGUGAGUUUCUUGAUGUCAGAGUUGCGCAUCAAUCUGCACUGUGGAUUAGUUUCUCAUUCUCGACACUGCCACCCACUGCUCAGUUAUUCUAAGUGCCAGAACAGUCCAUUUCUUUACUUCUGUUUGGGAGAGAGGAAAAUAUGUGGACAUCAUUCAAGUUUUUCCUCAUGUCCACUAAAUUGUGCAGUCUGCAGUGUGUGGCGGUAUGACGAAUUAGCCUUCCCUUUUGUGAUACAUGUGCAACUUGGACAUCAUUCGCAUAAAACCAGUGUCCAAAUGAAAACCAGAGGUGCACAAAAAAUGUGGCUGUCAAAAAAACACCCACGUUCUCCAUUGGUUUAAGUGGGAGGCUUUAGUGUCCAAACCUCCGCCUUGAAAGGUCUGUUGCCAUCAGAGGCCACCCAGCGCCAUCUUGUGCUGUGUCCUCCUAGGCUUCCUGAUUGAUACUGCAGCACUUCAAGGAGGCCUUCAGGCAGUCUUUGUAUCAUUUGCAUUGACCCCUCUGCCAGUGCUUGCCUGCCUUGCUGAGAAACGCCUUUUUUUUGGGGGGGGGGGGGGUAAUUUGUCUGUGGUAUGUGACAGGUCCUAUGGCCAUAAAGAGUAAAAGAAAUAUAUAUAGAGUGCUAUUUUCCUAUCAUUUUUUUUAACAGAUUGCAAUUACUUCCAUACAAUAAUCCAAUUGUUUUGAGCACACUUAGUUUAAUUUGAAUGUCAUUGAAAUCAGAAUCAAUGUGUUUUUCUUGACAUGUUUUCUUGAAAGAAUGGGACUACUUAGAAUAAUAUUUGAGGAGAACAGUAAGCCUCCAUCCAGUGAACACCAUCACAUUUCAUGACCAAUCACAUUCGAGUAUGUUGUUUAUCUUUUCUUUGUGUCUCACAAAUGGCUAAAUGAAUUAUUUACCUUGUCUUUCAUGUUAAGAUGAACUGUCUGUUAGUGGGCCUUACUUACAUUCCAAGUCCUCUCUGAAAGAUUGCAGGAGUCCCCCCUCACAUGUUUGGGAAUCCUAUUCUUUAAUGUUUUUUUUUUGUUUGUUUUUUUAUAUAAAUGGACUUUUUUUUUUUUAAUUAUUAUAAAUGUCUCAAAGUGUCAUCAUAGAUGUUUUUAUGGAUAAGAAGAGAGUCAUGUUUGGGAUUUCAAAUGUUCUCUUAAAGUCCAUCUUAUUACUAAAUGUUGGCCUUCUUGCAUUUAUGCACUAACAGCGAUAAAGAUGAUGCAUCACUGUUCUUGACUUACAACUCUUCCACUUUGAUAAUAAUAUAUUUCGCAAGUGACUUGGUUUUAUAUUGAGCUACAAGCCUUCCGUGUUCCACCUAAUAUAUUCAACUUCUGUUUUGCAUAAUAAAGCUGAGGAUUUUAAUGUUUUAUUGACUGAUUGGGUGGGGGAGUAGGUGCCUCUGUUUUGUGUCCUGAAAAUGAAAUGAAAUUGUACUAAAUCACUUCAAAUAGUGCUUCUUCUUUCUCUUUUGUGAAAUGAUUAAAAUUGAGUACAUUUUAAA